CUUUACGCAGAAAGAAACGCGUUAGCAUGUUAGCACGGGGAAAGACCUGCUGAAGCGGGAAAUACUUACAUUUAACAGUUUUUCUUCAAUCAUAGUCAUUGCAAAGUAGGGUUGGAUCGAUUGUGUACGCAUGUAUACAACAUCUGCAUUAAAGGCAGGUAAAAAAGUUGAAAUAUACAGGUUGUUAACUGGACCGGCUUUAUGUGAACACAAAGGCCUAACGUUAGGUUCGCGGUGAAGCAUGUACCCUUCGUGGGGAAAUUAUGGAGGUGGACAUCCGCCUCCCACUAACGUUAACGUUAAUCAAUUUGAUGCGAGAUCGGCACCAGUAAGGGCCCCACCACCGACAGCAGGGGCGCCUGCAGGAUAUGGUGCUCCUCCUCCGGCGUCGAAUUUUAACAGUUUACGGGAGCAACAUUUACAACAAAUGCAACAACUGCAACAGCUCCAUCAGAAACAACUGCAGUCAGUGCUUCAUUACAGUAAUGCUCCCGGCUAUGGAGGCCCUGGUGGCUGGCAAGGGCAAGGGGCUGCUCCGGGUUUUCCUCCGCCCGGUUCAGAGGCAACCACGAACUAUCAGCAAGGUCCACCGGGGUCUGUGCCACCCCAACCUCCGCAGCCUCCACAGCCUCAAGAAGAGGCGCCUCCUAAGCCACCUGAGCCUACACCCCCGACUACUCAACAAAACUAUACUGCUCCCGGGGCCCACACGUCCAAUAAUGAAAACAACGCUCCUAAAGACUUAUCAGCGAUCGCUUUUCCACAGGAGGGAGAGAAUCCCGACUUCACAUCAAUGACAUUACAGGAUCAGCAACAGUUCUGGUACAAGCAACACCUCCAGAAUCUGCAGAAGCUUAAGAAUGAGCGGGCAAAACAGGGCCAAAGUCAGGGUCAACCUGCUGACAAAAACCAGAAACCUGGCGAGGCGCCGCCUCCCCCUGUCGAGCCUCCUAAGAACGCUCCACCUCCACCUCUCCCCAAAGAGGAGCCACCGCCACCUCCUCCACCUGAGGAACCUAAGACCAACAUCGCGAGCUCCGGGGACCCGUUUGAGGCGGCGCGCAUGCAGCAGCUGCAGGCGGCAGCGGCCCAGUGGCAGCAGGCGCAGCAGCAGCGGGCCGCUCACCAGUACCAGGCGCUGAUGCACGAGCACGCGCAGCUGCAGCAGAUACUGCAGCAGUACCAGCAGUUCAUCCAGCAGCCGGCGCAUCUCCAGACCAUGUCACUGGACAUGCAGCUGAAACACUACGACGUGCAGCAGCAGCAGUUCACCCCCGUUUACCAGGAGUGGGACCGGCACUUUAAACUCUGGUAUGAGCAGUUCCAGUCCUACCCACACAAAGACCAACUCCAGGACUACGAGGCCCAGUGGAAACAGUGGCAGGAACAGAUGAACUCCACCGCAGCACAUUUGCAGGAGAGGGUCACGACCCUUCGAGCCAUGCAGCAACAGUAUGGCCCCCCGCCUGGCUAUGGGGGUAUGGGGGGGCAGUACGGGCAGAACAUGCCGCCCCCAGAUUCACAGAUGCAUCACCCGUCUUUGCCUCCGAACGCAAGCAUGCAGCACUCACCAUCUGUUGGACCUCCUUCAUCUGGGCCACCACCUACAGGAACUCCGCUUACCGGUGCGUCCCCUGCCGGGCCGCCCACUACAGGACCAACUCCUGCAGGACAGCCAGCUUCAACAACUGCAAGUCAAGCAGGUGUUUCGACAGCAACCACCACAUCUACACCCACAUCUGAGUCAUACCAGACGACAGCAACAGGAAAUAUGUCGGCCCCGUACGGUAACAAUAAUGCUGGACCUCAACAUCCUGGAAUGAGACCAACUGGCCCAAGGUUUGAUGGCCCAAGAUUUGAUCAGUCACAACAUCAACGGUUUAAUGCACCACCAAGAUUUGAUCCAAGACAAAGAUUCAACGCGCCUAACCAAGGACCCCCUGGUAGAUUUGAUUCCCCAAUGAGACAUGGCGCCCCUGGUUUUGAACGACCCCCUGGUCCAAACUCUAGAUUUGAGAGGCCACCUGGCCCAUCACAGAAUCCACAAAAUAGGUUCGAAAGUCCUCAAGGACCUCCACAGAAUCCCCAAAAUCGUUUUGAAAGACCUCCAGGGCCACCACAGAAUCAGCAGUCUCGUUUUGAAAGACCACCAGGUCCUGGACAGGGCCCAAUGUCUCGUUUUGAAAGACCUCCAGGUCCUGGACAGGGCCCGAUGUCUCGUUUUGAACCUGGUCCAGGACAAGGUCCGAUGUCUCGUUUUGAAAGACCACCUGGUCCUGGUCAGGGUCCAGCAUCUCGUUUUGAAAGACCACCUGGUCCGGGACAGGGUCCAGCAUCUCGUUUUGAAAGACCACCUGGUCCGGGACAGGGUCCAGCAUCUCGUUUUGGCAGACCACCUGGUCCGGGACAGGGUCCAGCAUCUCGUUUUGAAAGACCACCAGGUCCAGGACAGGGUCCAGCAUCUCGUUUUGACAGACCACCUGCUCCUCAACCUCAACAAGCUGGUGUUGGUUCCCAAGUGAAACCAAAUUCUGCUGCUCAAACUAAAGAGGAAAAACAGGAAAUUACUGGAUCGCAGUCCAAAGAAUCAACAUCUGAAAAUAAAGGUGCAAAGGAGAAAAGCACAGUUGAUGACACUCUGGCUGAGGAUAUUGUUGAUUCUGGGAAUGGGUUCUUUGUCCAGAACGACCCAAUUCCUCAGACUUCACAAAAGGACACUCCGCAAAAGGCAGAAGAUCCAGUCGCUGGAGCAAAAGAUAAGGCUAAGGACGUUAAGGAAACUGAGACCUCCAAAACUGCGGUGUCAGCACCUUCUUCUACUCCGCUAAAACAGACUCCCACACCACCUGGUCAGGCGCCCGGUCCAGCCAAAAGUGGAGUCAACAACGGGCCCCCUCCACGACCUAUGCCUCAUGAGAUGCCUCGCCAGCCUCCUCCAGGUCCUCCCCAUGGCGAUAAUCAGAUGGGUCAUCCAUCCAUGGGACGCGGGCAGCAUCCUCCAGGUCCUCCAUACGGUGAUCAUCCAAUGGGUCCUCCUCAUGGUGAUCAUCCAAUGGGUCCUCCUCAUGGUGAUCAUCCAAUGGGUCCUCCGCAUAUGAUGCGUGGGAGAGGCCGAGGGCAAAUGCCAAUGCCCAUGCGUGGCAGGGGCCGGGCCCGUGGCCGAGGAAUGCCUGGCGGGCCAAUGGGCCCACCACAUGGAUAUGAUCCCAACUUCCAGCCACCUGAAGAAGAGGAGCAUUCUGGGUAUGAGUAUGAAGCCCCGCAAGAGCACAUGGGUCACACAGGUGAAGAAGAGGUGGAUUAUGGCUGGGAGGAUCCCUCGGCAGAACCUUCUGGAAGGAUACCUGGAAGAGGGCCACCACAUCACGAGCAGGACAUGUGGCUCCCAGAGGAGCAUCACUUUGGCGAAGAAUACUACGAAGAAGCAGAGGGCCAGGAGGAGGCUGUGGAGGAAGAGGCCAAGCAUUGGCAGGAGGCAGCAGAACCAGAAGCAGAACCGGAAUACUGGGAACAAGAACAAGAUCCCUAUGGUCCGUGGAAUGUCCGAAGGCCCCCGAUGCGCGGAAGACCUCCAUUCCCCCACGGCAUGCGUGGAAGGCCGCCUCCGCCUCGAGGCUUCAUGCACCAGGGUCCCAGGCGCCCCCCUCCUCCUCACCCUCCCCACAUGGAGGGCAUGGAGCAUGAGCCUUACGGGCCCCCUCAGGGCUACAGGGGACAUCCGAGGGGUCCUAUGGGGCCUCCGAUGCAUCGAGGGCUACCUCCUCGAGGCCACCCCGCUCUCCGUGGCAUGAUGAAGCCACGACCCCCUCCACCACGAGAGAUGAUGGAAAGAGAUCCACAUGGACCUCCGCCUUACCACGACCCUAUGGAGCACGAUCCAGAAUGGGCACCGCCACCUCCACCACACGGCAGAGAGCCCAGACGCCUCCCUCCGCCGCCCCCGCAUGCCAUGAUGGAGAGAGACUUGAGAAGGCCGCCGGCACCACCACCCUAUGGUCCAGGACCCCCCAGAAGGAGGCCGCCAUUCCCCCAUGAAGACCCAGAGGGGUUGUACGAGGAGCCCUAUGAGGAGGAAUAUCCACCGCCCGAUGACGGGUAUAGAAGGCCGCCACCUCCACCGCGGGAGUUCAUCACUCGAGACUACGAACAUGGCCAGGAGGGCUACUAUCCACCGCCUCCGCCCAAAGACUGGGAGAUGGAGCGCGGUGGCAGGGAGUAUCCACCCUACACGCCUCAUGGCCCACCGGAGCGCAUGCGAGAAGACCGGUGGUCAGAGGGCAGAGAGAGGCCGUAUCCUUACGAGGAAGAACAUGGUAGACCUGAUUACGAAGGGCCUGGUUAUCCGGACGAGCCUCCAUACGGUGGCAGAGAACCUCCUUACCGUGGCCAGCCCGACUGGGAGAAGCCCUUGCCAGAAAGAAGUUACCCUCCCAUAGAGCCGAGGAGGCCUUCGUUCGAGGCAGGCUCAGAAUCCGGCAUGGAUAUCCCCCCGCAGCCUCCCCAAGCAGGGUCGGAUCCGUCUCAUGAGCAAGCCUCUCCAACGACUGCAAAGGGAGUCCUGGCACUCUCUCAGAGACAGCACGAGAUCAUCCUGAAAGCUGCACAGGAGCUGAAAAUGAUCAGAGAGCUCCAAGAAUGUAAAGGCCCAGCAGGAGAUACUGCUGCCCCUGAGGUCAAGACUGAACUACUUCCUGGUCUCCUUGGGCUUGAAAUCCCACCUGAAGUCAAGUCGGCCCUUCAGUCCACAGGUCUUUUGUCUGAGACUGGACAGGCUGGGGGAGGGAAAUCAGUAUCAUGGGAGUAUGACCACCCACCACAAGAAGGUGGUUACCACCAACAGCCCCCACCAUCCAAACCCAUCAUCACUAAAACGGUGGAUUAUGGACAUGGCCAUGAAUCUGGUGCGACAGUGGAGCGCAUGUCUUAUGGUGAAAGGAUUAUCCUGAGGCCUGACCCUUUGCCUGAGAGGACAUUUGAAAAAGAACCGCUUGGCCCGAGAGAACCCUAUGGCCCGAGGGAUCCGUAUUUUGACAGACGGAACGACCCUUAUAUGGAACGGCGGGAAUGGAGUAGAGAGCGGGAGAGAGACCCCUACAGAGAAAGAGAAAGAGAAGAGAGAGAACGGUUUGAACGGGAUCGCUUCGCCAGAGAUGACCGACCACCAUCAGGGCCCCCAGGUCGCCCCGGCUACAGAGAUCGGGAGCGCGAACAAAGAGAGCGAGAGGGGCGCAGCAGCCGGGACCGAGAGCCUUACGGCCGCCCACCCUACGACAGGCCACCAUACGAACGAGGCACCGAGCGGUUCGAGCACGGGCCCCCAGGCCCUCCGGGUUAUGGAAAUGACCGGAGGAGCUAUCCCGAUGAGAGGCCACCUGGCCCACAGUCCUCCAUGGCCCCUGCUCCAGGCCCUCCCCCUCGCGCCGAGAAGAAACCUGAAACCAAGAACGUGGACGACCUCCUCAAGCCACCUGGCCGAUCAAGCCGUCCAGACAGGAUUGUCAUUAUAAUGCGUGGCCUUUCAGGAAGUGGGAAAAGCCACGUCGCAAAACUGGUUCGGGAUAAGGAAGUGGAGUGCGGUGGAGCACCUCCCCGUGUCCUCAGCAUAGACGACUACUUCAUGACUGAGGUGGAGAAGGUCGAGAAGGACCCAGAGAGUGGCAAAAAUGUCAAGAACAAGGUGCUGGAAUACGAGUACGAACCAGAGAUGGAGGACACCUAUCGCAGCAGCAUGCUGAAGACCUUCAAGAAAACACUCGACGAUGGCUUUUUCCCCUUCAUCAUCAUCGAUGCGAUCAAUGACAAAGUCAAAUACUUUGAUCAGUUCUGGAGUGCGGCCAAGACCAAAGGUUUUGAGGUGUACGUGGCUGAAAUUACAGCAGAUAACCAGACAUGUGCAAAGAGAAACAUCCACGGACGGAAGACGAAGGACAUCUCAAAGAUGGCCAGUAGCUGGGAGACUACACCUCGUCACAUGGUGCGACUAGAUAUCAGGUCCCUGUUGCAGGAUGCAGCUAUUGAAGAGGUUGAAAUGGAAGACUUUGACCCUUCUAAGGAAGAGCUGAAGACCGAGAUGAAGAAGGAGGACGAAGAGGAGACCGACCUGGUAAGGGGGUUCCUUCCAAAAAGCAAAUGGGAGAUCGACACAUCUGAGGCGAAGCUGGACAAGCUGGACGGCCUGGUCGGCGGGAGCAAACGGAAGCGUGAGUCUGAUGUAGCAGGCAUAGAGGACUUCCUCCAGCUGCCAGACGACUACGCCACGCGGAUGUCCGAACCCGGAAAGAAGCGGGUGCGGUGGGCUGACCUGGAAGAGAAGAAGGACGCCGACCGAAAGCGCGCUAUCGGCUUUGUCGUGGGCCAGACCGACUGGGAGAAAAUCACAGACGAAACCGGACAGUUAGCCCAGCGAGCUCUAAAUCGCACCAAGUAUUUCUGAGAAGAACAUUUCGUUAGUCUUUGCACACUUUUGGCACACAGGUAGCCAUACCGUGAACCUACAGAUUUCUCUUCUGUUCUUUGAUGGAGCCAGGAACGCUGUUCCCUCAUCCUGUUACUGUUAUUUAACAUUUUGCUGUAAGAGAAAAGAGAAGAUGAUACUGUCUUUGGGAUCCACCAGGGGAGGAGAAAAUGAAGACGUUGUUAGAUGUGUUCCAUCUUUUUGGUGUUUCUCAUGAAUGCUCACAAUGAUUUGACUUCCUGCACCAGGAACUAAAUCACCAAGUUUUCACGUUGCCUAUAGCUCCACCUGUAUUUUUUAUACCUUGUAUGUAUUCCCAACAGAAUUCAUGCUUUGUUUUAGUCAUUAGAUUUGAAUAAAUUAAACCCUAACGUGAAA